ACAUCUAAGAAAGUCUCGUCUGCUCUCUCUCUCUCUCUCUCUCUCGCUCAAGAAAGAAGAAUGGACGCCAUUGACUCAGUUGUGGAUCCUCUCAGAGAGUUCGCUAAGGACAGCGCUCGCCUCGUCAAGAGGUGCCACAAGCCCGAUCGCAAAGAAUUCUCCAAGGUGGCGUUGCGUACAGCCAUCGGGUUUGUUGUGAUGGGAUUCGUUGGCUUCUUCGUCAAGCUCAUCUUCAUUCCUAUUAACAACAUCAUCGUCGGAUCCGUUUAGGUCAUUCUUCAAGUAUUUAGGUUUCUAGAGGCUAGAGGAGGAUGCAGGAAACAAGACCAGCAUGUACCUCAAAGUUGAAAGCAAUAGCUAUGCAGUUCUUAUUUAGCUCCUUUUAGUAUUUUCUGUAACACUUGAGAAUUGCAAUUUUCAUAGUUAAAACAUCUUUAUGCUUAUUGUCUUCAUUGUGAAAUCUGUAUGAAUUUCUUCUCUGAGUAAUUUCCAUGAAGCAAAGAUUCUAGAAAAACUUGAAUGUGCCA